AUGUGGGGAUCGAGUCCUCAUUUUGACAACUGUCUCAUGACGAUUCUAAAGCAAGACAAAGCCGAUGGGUUAGAAAUAGAGUACAAAGGCGAUUGGUACCCGGUAAAGCCUAUGGAAGACUGCAUUGUUGUCAAUAUCGGCACUUUGAUGGAACAUCUUUCAGACGGAAACGCAAAAGCGGUUUAUCAUCGAGUCAAGAAUACCGACGAUCGACUUCGCUGCGCCUGGCCUGUUUUUCUAGCGCCAAAUCUCAAUCGCGACAUGACUCAAAUGAUUGAUCUCAAACGGCGGGUCAAAUUGAAAAUCAACACAGCAAAAGCCCUUCGCUUCCAUAAACGCGGCUGGUACAAGUUCAACACUUUUGAAAAGAGCGAAACUGCAAUCUUUGCAAAAAUAAUAGUGUAA